AUGUCAUACUUUGAUUCGAACUGCAUCAGAUGCACUUGUACUGCUCUCGAGUACUGUAAGGAAACAUUUGAACUAGGAGGCCAGUUGCAUACCGGUGUUCUAUUUCAUCGGACAAACUAUCCUAGACAUCUUGGCAAGGUACAAGAACUGGAGGUUCUUCCGGCGCCCCGGCCAUCAGGAUCAGAACCAAGUAUCUCGGCCGUCAAACGUCCAAGAUCACUUGAAGAUGCAGAAUCCACCACCCCGAUUCCUACCGAAUCCAAUACCAGACCUACUAAAUUUCCACGCAUUUCUACCUCUAAAAAGCGACUUUCAAUACCAUUGCCUUCGAGAAGCCGAUUACAUUUCUACUGGAUAUACGAUGCGUUCAGGCCCUUUUUCAUAUACUCCACGAAUACUUGCAUGAUCAUAAAAGCAUUCGCAGCUGCCGAAGGUCUCUUAAAUUCGAAAGAAACUGCCUCAAAAUCGCCACAAUCCCUGGUGUUCGGACCAAUGUGUGGAAACAAAUUCCCCGAAACAUCAUCAAAGUGA